CGCAAUCAGUUGCAAAGCAGUCGGCUUGGUGAACAUACGUAUAAAUGAAUAGUUGCGGUUAGCGUUUGGGCAAGCAAUUAACUAGCGUGCGAGCGAACGAACGAACCAAUGAGCGAGUAAGCAGACAAAAUAGCGGUCAGACAGUAGUCGAACGCGCGGGUUCGUGUCUUAAGUCUUUAGUUCGUUUUCACUUUUCGCUUAACGGUGCGACUAGAGCGCCGGCAAACACACAUACAUACAUAUAUACGUGUGUGUAUGUAGUAGUAGUGUGAAGAUUCUAGCGCUUGCGAGUGACGGCAACGCAAACAGUUCAAGAUGCGCUGAUGAUAAAUUCUUGUUAGCACAACGAGACAAACCACUCGAAUAUUUACGAUAUUGGCAUAAAUUAACUGUUGCCUUUGCGGUAAUUACUAUAAAUAGUCUAACGAGACACAGUGCGGAGUGGAGCUGAGCGGUAUAUUUGCAUGUUUGGCAGAUUUUAUUGUAUUUCUUUAAAGUUUUGUUUAAAGUGCGUGAAGUAAUUAGUGCUGCUGGUCAAACGGGUGGCAUGUGUGGCACACAUACACACAUACGCAUGACAUGCGCGUGUAAAACGUAUUAACUGAAUGUGUGACAAAUAAUUAAAAAGCAAUUAAAGCUCUAAUUGUGGAGAAAAGAAAGGGAAACACGCGUGUUUUGUUAGAAAAAGAAUACAUAAAUGCACACGCAAUUGCAAAAUCUUACGAGACUUCCGUAAAAUUGGAAAAAAAGUGUGCAAAAACAUUGUAAGCGUUUGAGAUAUUAGCGAGUAAAUGAUAAUGAGAUAACAAAAUUCUGUGGCAAUAAAAUCGUGUGAAUAGUAAAAAAAAUAAAGAUUGCAGUGCCGAGUGAUAAAUAUGCAUAAACUUUUAUAUAUUUAACUAUUUACAUAUGUGUAUGUAUAUGUCUAUAAAUAUAUAAAAAAAAAUGUGAUUAGACAAGAGCUUGAAGAGUAAUACGAUCGUGGUGAAUAAAUGUGCAAUUAAAAAAUUAUAAACAAAGACUAUAAAAUUAAACAACGACAAUCACAACAACAACGAUACGAACCAAUAAAAAAAUUAAUUGCAACAAAAUUGUAAUUAUCAACAAUAAAAGCAAUAACGACAUUUUUGCUGCUGACAGCGCAAGGUGACGCUAUUUAUAAAAACAACAAGCAAAACUCACACAUGUGUAUGUGACACAUGCAUACACAUAUACACACGUGUGUGGAAGUAUAGCAUCCUCUUGCUCAAGAGUUUGUGGGAAUUGUGAGCAUUCAACGCAUUAAUUUCUUAACUUCGUGUCUUUUUAUAACAACAACAAUCUAUAUUAACGACAAUUACAACUAAAGCAACAACGACAACAAUAACAAGAACAACAACGUUGCGCAUUACAACGACAUAUUGCAGCAAGCGUAACGCACAACGAAAGUGAAAGCAAAAUUAACUGCACAUUGAAGCGCGACAAAAACCGACCGAAUAGACAAAUACCCAGUUAAGCGUAAGCGGAUUAACGCAACAAAACGCUUCUUUUAACAUUGAAACUAAAAAGCAAAAACAUAAAUAUACACGCAUAAGGCGAGCAAAAAAUACUAAAAAAUCAUAAUACAUUUAUUGGCAGCGGAGUUAAUAAUAAGAGAAUAAAAAUAUGUACGGCAGAAAACGCUUUAAUUCAAACGAAAUUACUAACAACUAAACGAGCUGCUUUCGAAAAGGUGUCAUCAAACAGCGGUUAUUACACAAAAACCCAUGCCUUUAUACAUACCCACAUAAACUAGCAUACAAAAAAACAUUUAUAUUGGCCAGAUUUAGCAUAAGAAUAAGCACAUUCACCAUAACGGGACAAAAAAUAAAAUAACAAACAUAAAACAACACCAAAAAAAAGACAAAUUAAAAAAAGCGAUAACAUUCCAAAAAAAUAUUCAAAGCAUUACAACAAUUGGUAGUGUUGACCUCAACGAACGACUUCUCUCAAUCAACGACUCAACUGAAACGAAAACACUCAAUGCUCAAAGAACGCCCAAGACACACUCAAACGCCUUGAACAUUCGCACAGCAUUCAAUAUAAGCUUAGCCGAGAGACGCGUUUUAUGCUUUUUAUGCCGUUAUUGAUUUUCAUAUAGUCUCAGCAUACAUAUAUACAUACAUACAUACAUACAAACGUACAUAUAUUUAUAUAUAGAUAUAUAGUUGUAUAUGACAAACUUUGCUUCUGUUGAAUUGACAAUUUUUAUAUUCAAAAAACCACAACAACAACAAAAUGAAUUAUGAAAAGGCCAUCGGUGAAACGCUGCAGUACGAGAGUAAAGUCAACGGCAGCUACAACAACAACAAUACAAAUAGCAUACAAGCAUUUUGGAAUGAUCAAAUAAUGGAGCGCUUCAUAAAGGCCAAUUUAUUUAUGAUUUGCUGUGUGGCAGCCGGAUUGCUACUGAUCGUCUAUUUGGGUGCGUUCUCCUGCGAAGUCUCUUGGAUAUUGGAAGCACAUGGCGAUUUGCCUAUGUCAUCGUAUAUUCUUUGCACACAAUUCUUCAUAGUUUUUGUGGCAACAACAAUACUCAUACACGGACUGGUCACCGGUUUACCGUGGGGUCUAUUCGCAUGGUCAGUCAUUAUUGGGCUACUUUCAAUACCGGAACUGAUAUUUGUCAUGAUUAUGACAACACAGCACUGGGGCCUACAAUCGGUGCAUGGACUCACUGAGCUCAUUUCCUACCUCGUAAGACUGGUGAUAAAUUGCUUUGCGUUAAUUUGUGUGAUACCAACCGGUAUAAGAUGGCGUCGCGAGACACAGGUGCUGACACAACUGCAAGGCUUGGCCACACGCCUCCAGCUGCAGACGCCACCGCCGAGCGUGCCGAUCGUGAAGGCCGACUCGCGACGCGCCAGCAAACGGCGGCAGAGUGGCGCUUUCGAGAAUGCUGGCUACGAGGUGAGCGAACCAACCAAGAUCAAUAUGGCGGGCUCGCAGGCGCAAGGCCUAAACAUGUACAACAACAAUAAUCCGUUGUUUGGCUCACAAAACGAAUUCAAUGCGGCGAUCUUCAUGCCACAGUACAUGCAACAGUUCAACGGCCACGCUUAUGGUCACAACGGUAGCGGCGUGCAGAUGCGCAACGCCGGCAAUCGCGCCCAAUCGCUCAUGGAUUUGCGCUGCACGCUUCCCGGUAUGUAUAAUCCGCGCUACGUGCUCGACACGGAAGACAAAAACGGCAAAUAUUUCAACAUCACCAUUGACGACCUAAAGAAUAGCAUACAGGACUCGAAUAAGCACCAGCCCCCACCGUCGGUCAUCGGUUCAGUGAACGAUCCCAUCUACUGUUCGAUUGAGCCGAAGUUGCCCACACCGCCGCAACAGCGUCAACGCUCGCCAGAGAAGUCCGCGCAAGCGUCGUCGUCGGGAAAGUUGACACGCAACUGCAUUUCGCUGGAGAAUUUGGAUGGCAUUACGAAGGUGCAAAACGAGCUGGCCGCCUAUGGCAACAAUCUGUUGCAAAACUACACACAACAACAACAAUACUACUUGGCCAUGCUAAGCGGUUAUCUGAAUAAUCCGGUGCAUGGCACAGGCGUUUAUCGGCGUCCGUCGAGUGGCUCGGCGGUGGGUCCGUUCUCGGGCACCGUGUUGGCGCAACCUCUGCCGCGGCGCAACUCACAGCAGCUGCAGUACUAUGGCGGCUUCGACUAUGCGAAUUACACGAAUCCCUACAUAAUGGCGAACAGUAAACUGUCGCUCGGCAAUGAGUCCGACGAUUAUCGGAAAUAUCGCGAUGUGGCGCUGUAGGCGCACAGGAGAUAUUUUUUUGUAAGUUAUGUUUUUAGGUGCUAGAAAAUGAGUCAAUGUUUACUUUAGUUUAUAGUUUGAGGUUAAGUUACAUUUUACAUUACAUUUUAAUAUUUAGGAUUAGUACGAGUACGAGUGUAUAGUUAUUUGGGCUUAAGCCACAUAAGCACUGAUUGACUAUAUAAAUUAUUGAGGUUAUGUAUACAAAUUUUAUAAAAUUAUAAUAAUUAACACAAAUAAAAAUGUAUUUGUAUAAAUUAACUGGAAUAAAUAAUAACACGAAAAAAAA